CGGGCCCGACCGCGGCGCCCGCCCCCCGCGCCCCGCACCUGUGGCCCCGUUGGCCCCGGGCGCAGCGUCCCGCCAUGCGCCCGCGCUCACCGCCCUGAGCCCCGCAACUUCUGCUACCCCAGGAAGGGGCCCCGGGGCGCCAGCGGCUCUGACUCCCGCCGCAUGGAUGCACCGCGGGCACCAGCGGGCGGCCAGGCCGGGCCUUCGGCUCCCCGCCACGGCUGACCACACCUCCCCGCCCCGUCAUGCGGUGCCAGGUGAGGCCGUGGGCACCCCAACGCAGGCCCCGCCGGGACUCAGCUCCCUGGGCUCUGAGCAGACAUGGCACUGGGGUCAGCUACAAGCACCUUCCGGCUGGAGCUUGCACGCCUGGGUGCUGGGGACCCGGCAACUGGGUCCAGGGCAGGUGCCAGCGGUGGGAGCGACAGUCAGGAGGACGAAGAAGCCCAGGAGAGGUGCACCAGGCCCCCCCAGCCUGCAGCCUCAGUCCCAAUGGGGACCAGUGACACUGCCGAGGAAGGGUGGCCUAGUCAGCAGCAACCACCAGGCCUGCUGGGAGGGUGCCUGCCAGGACUGCAGCAGCAGCAGUGGCAAGAUGGGCCAAAGCAGCUGCUGCCGCCACAACCCGAGCCACGGGAACAACAGCCCCUCCAGCCUGAGGAGCUGAAACAGGAGCUGUUACAGAGAAAGGAACAGCCACAGAGGCAGCAGCAGCAAGAACAAUCAGACCAGCAGCAGCAGAGGCGUCAAGAAAAGUUAGAACAGCUCCAGGAGCUACAAGAACAGCAGCAGCAUCAGGAACAACAGCAAGAACAGUCAGAGCAGAGGCUCUUCCAGCAGCGAGAACAAUCAGAGCAGCCACAGGGAGGAAAGCAGGAGCAGCGCGAGUUACAUCGGCAAGAACAAUCAGAGCGGCUACAGAAACGAAAACCGUUACUGUUGCAGCAGGAACAGCAACAGCUGCUGCAGGAACGGGCCCAGCAGCAUCUGUUGCAGCAGCCACACCUACAACAACAGCAGCUGCUGCUGCAGCAGCAUGAGGAAGCACAGUUACAACAGCAGCUGCUGUUGCAGUCCGAGGAAGAGGAAGAGGAAGAGGAGGAGGAGGAGGAGGUGGAGCUGGAGCUCAUGCCAGUGGACCUGGGGUCGGAGCAGGAGCAGGAGCUGGAGCGGCAGCAGGAGCAGCGGCAGCUGCAGCUCAAACUCCAGGAAGAGCUGCAGCACCUGGAGCAACAGCUGGAGCAGCAGCAGCAGCUGGAGCAGCAGGAGGUCCAGCUGGAGCUGACUCCGGUGGAGCUGGGGGCCCCGGCCCGGCCACCCCCGCAAGAGGUGCAGCUGGAGCUCACCCCGGUGGCACCGGAGCUGCAGCUGGAGCUGGUGCCCGCGGCGGGGGGCGACGGGUCCUCGGGGCCAGGGGCUCCGGCCACAGUCGUGGUGGCACCGCCAGGCUACGUAGUGGUGCAGGAGCUCAUGGUGCUGCGGGCGGCGCCCGCGGUGGUGGCCCCCGCGGUGGUGGCCAUCCCCGGGCCCGCGGGCAGCGCCGCCCUGGCACCGGCGCGGCAGCGGCGAAGGCGGCGCGCCCGGGACCGCCCGACCAUCUGCGGCGAGUGCGGGAAGGGCUUCAGCCGCAGCACCGACCUGGUGCGCCACCAGGCCACGCACACGGGCGAGCGGCCGCACCGCUGCGGCGAGUGCGGCAAAGGCUUCUCGCAGCACUCCAACCUGGUGACGCACCAGCGCAUCCACACGGGCGAGAAGCCCUACGCCUGCAGCUACUGCGCCAAGCGCUUCAGCGAGAGCUCGGCGCUCGUGCAGCACCAGCGCACGCACACCGGGGAGCGGCCCUACGCGUGCGGCGACUGCGGCAAGCGCUUCAGCGUCUCCUCCAACCUGCUGCGCCAUCGGCGCACGCACUCGGGCGAGCGGCCUUACGUGUGCGAGGACUGCGGGGAGCGCUUCCGACACAAGGUGCAGAUCCGCCGUCACGAGCGGCAGCUGCACGGUGCCGGCCGCUCCAGGGGUCUCGGGCUGCUCAGAGCCCCCCGUGCGGGUCCCAGUACCCCCCAGCGCGCAGAGCCAGCGCCCUGACCCUGGUUGUGCGCGUUUGCGUGUGCGUGUGUGUGUAUAGUGCCCAAGGAAGCAAGCACCGGCCAACUCUAUGGUUCCCCCACUCUGGGGUCUCCAGCUUGCACUGACCCCCAAGUCCCCAUGAACAUAUAAAUUGACAGACACCCCCCAUCCUCCCUGGAAACGUGCAAAGCUAAUGCGGCUAAAACAGCAGCGUAGGAGUCGGAGCGGUGGUGCAGGGCGUAAGGCGUCUGCCUUGAGUGU